AUGGAAGGCGGAGGGGAAACUGCCUCGCCGGUGACGGCCAAACUGCGCGCUUCUCGCCGACGCCCGCCGCGCGCUUCCCGUGCCUGUGAGACUUGUCGAGUCCGCAAAACCAAAUGCGAUCAAGCUCAGCCUUGUUCAUAUUGUGCUUAUCAUUCGCUCGACUGUUCGUAUAGAGCUGCAGGUCCCAACGAGAACUCGUCUGCAGUAAAACGCCAAGCGCAGAUUCGCGAGGCUCAGAAACAGAAAACCAGACCAUCACCUUGGCCAGAUGUCGAUCAGAGCCGUUAUGAAAGCUUUCAGCACGUCAACUCUCCAGACCAUUCCGGCAGAGGGACACCCCGCGUCCCUCGGAGUGAUGGCAAUACCAAUGCUAGUCCACCCGCCCAUUUCACGCCCAAGCGCGAUGAUGACACUAUGCCCGCCGCCACGCCUGAGCUAGUCUGCGACUCAGCUUCAAGAGAUGGAUUGAGCGGUGUCAACAUCCACACAAAUGGCACAGAGUUCUACGGCAAUUCCUCGAAUCUGGCCUUUCUCGGUAACUUGUAUGCACGAGCCCGUACCCAGGCCGGCAAUAGAGGUUCGACCGUCCCUGAUUAUGAGCAUACUCAUGCUUUGGUUGAGGGCCAUACUGCAGCUUCCGACACGGUGCAAACCAACAAAGAUGGAUUGAACCAGUUGACUCCCAGCCCGGCAGCAGACACGCAGUCGGAGGGUGCGCAUCUUACGACCAAUACAACCCAGCUAUCUAUUGUGAACUUGCUUUAUAAUCCAAAGUAUCCGAGUCAAUCUCCUCUGCAAAGUGAUGGACAAAGUGUAAUCGACAGCGGCGGAACCGCGAAGAAUGGGGUGAGCUCACAGAGCACAGCUAAGGGAUAUACGGAUAAAAGCCACGAGCAUGAUGUCAUACCGCUCAUCGAGAAUCUUUCAGAAGAGGCCCAGAUUGAAAUCGAGAAAAUGUUCAUUGGCAGUUACUUUUGCAACAAGCAUUAUAUACACCCCAUGCUGUGCAAAGGCGCAUUCAUGCAACGUUGCGAGAAAGAGGCCUUCGUGAUAAGCAGGAGGACUAACUUGUAUCGCGGAUCCUCGAAGUUCGCUGGGUUAUACUUCGCUGUGGUCGCGCUGGGUGCGAUCAACGCCAGUCCACAUGAGACGGCCCUCCUAGACCAUUAUUGCAACUACAACCCGAUCCCCAAGAGAGCCGGCACCACAAGCAGACCAUCUGUGUUGGACUUUGCUGAUUUCUACUUUGGCCGAGCCAAACGAGCUCUGGGAGAUCUGUUCGAGAGCUGCAGCUUGGAGGGAGUGCAGGCGCUUUUACUCCUGAGUGUGUUCUGUCAGAAUGCGCUUCGACCGCAUAGUUGUUUCAUGUAUAGUGGAAUGGCGGUCCGAACAGCUGUAGCAAUCGGACUGGCAUCAGGGAUGACGUCCUUGUCCUCGGGUGUUCGCAAAGAAGGAAUUCGGACCUGGUGGUGUAUUUAUUCACAUGAAGUUGAGAUGUGUUGCUCCUCUGGCCGUUUGGACAGCAUGAAAGACCUGCAGUACUAUCAAGUUCCUCUGCCAGUGUUGAAGGUAACUUCUGGCCACCUACUUGAUGCCGAUGCCGAAGACAAUCAUGUGGCAAUGAUCCCAGCAAUGGUCGCCCUAGCACAAAUCAUGUCCGAGGCAUCACACCUUCUCUACCACUCUCCCAAGCGCUCCAUGGGUGAGAUGUCGCAUAUUGCGAUGGAUCUAGACAGUAAACUGCUGGCAUGGAAGUCUACAUUACCUGAUUUCUUAGAUAUCGACGCCGCCUCGCUCAAUGAUACAGAGUGGGCCUUCAAACAGAAACUCGUGCUGAGACUAAGAUACUACAAUACGCGAAUCCUCAUCCACAAGCCUUUCCUCGCCGCCUCAGUCUCCAACACCGAAGCCCCAAACAUCCUCCAGCACCUGCACGCCUGUCUCGAUGCCGCGAGAACGAGCAUCAACAUGCAGUACGAAUCUUUCAUACACAGGAUCUACAUUCGUACCUGGUGGUACAACACCUCCUACGCACUCUACGGUGCCAUGAUUCUCCUGCACCUCAUCCUCUCGGGAUACCCCAGCAUCCGCGACGAAGACCUGCUCUUCGACGUAGAGAAAAGCCUCGAUAUUUUCGAAUCGAUGAACAACAUCGUCGUCGCCCGCCGUUGCGCCGAGAUGAUUCGCGAGGUCCUCGAAGUCGCACGAGCCUGCGUCGCUCGACGUCGCACCCACUACACCUUGUCCACUUCAACCGUGCCACCACCACCACUGCCAAUAACCGGCCCAGCGAAUCCCGCGAACCCUUCUACUUCACCUCAAGCUGCCACAAACCGUGGCACCAGCAGCACAGCACCAGCGCCGGGCGUCGACAACGAUUUCUUUUUCUCGCUGUUCAAUCCCGACGCGCAGCCCAACGAUACCCGCGCCGAGAUCCUGGCGAACCUGGUAGAUCCCACCAUCCUCGAGGACUUUGCGUUUGGGAACGGGGCCAGUGAUUUUUCGUUCUUUCUUGGGACAUGA